GCAGCUGCCUUGUCUUCAUCGUCAUGACGGUCUUUGUCUACAAACUCUCACUUCCGGUGUUCCUGGAGAACUUUGACCCGGAAGGCGACAUGCCCAGCGACAGCAGAAGUCUACCAAAGUCAGAGCGGACGUACAACGGACGCCAUAUCGUUUGCCACAAAUUCAAAGGGAAUCUGGGAGACCUUUUGUUCCAGUACGCUUCCAUAUUAGGAAUGACGCGUCAUCAAAACAGACUCUUCCUUGCCAGCGGGAAUGUGGCUCUCGAAAACGUUCUUCGAGAAACCAAGUUCAGGGUGGGGAAAAACCAUUGCAAAAGUGUCGUGCACUUGGCGGAGAGAACGUGCUGUCAUUUCGACGAUAAUGUCGCGCAGAUCGACACGAUGAAGAACUACGACAUAGACGGAUAUCUGCAGUCUUGGAAAUAUUUCAACGAUAUGGACAGUUUUGUGAGGAAAUCUUUAGCUUUCAAACCCAAACUUAUCUCAACUGCGAAGGAGAUAAUUAGAGAUCUCCUACAGCAUCACAAGCAAUCAAGCUCAAACAUAACCCUGAUCGGCGUUCAUGUGUACACGGAACUGAAGCACCACGAAGAAAUCGAGAAAUUCGGAUACAACGUCGCCCCAAAGUCUUACUACGUGAAAGCCAUGAACUAUUUCAGCAAGAGGCUCAAACGACCGCACGCUUUCCUGGUAGUGUCAGACGACGCGGCAUGGUGUCGGCACAACUUAAAGGGACUACCUAACGUGCACUUUGUCGGAAGUACACAGCCGGAAGUCGGUCUGGCAGUGCUCUCCCUUGCCGAGCACAGCGUCAUCAGUUCCGGUUCCGUGUCGUGGUGGGCGGGGUAUCUGAGCAAGGGCAAGGUCGUGUACUUCAAGGACUUCGCCAAAGAGGACGUCGGCAUGAUGUACAAUAAGGACAAGUUAAUGGCUGACUACAUACGGCCUGGCUGGAUUCCUCUGUCCUAGGGCAGUGGCUGACUACAUACGGCCUGGCUGGAUUCCUCUGUCCUAGGGCAGUGGCUGACUACAUACGGCCUGGCUGGAUUCCUCUGUCCUAGGGCAGUGGCUGACUACAUACGGCCUGGCUGGAUUCCUCUGUCCUAGGGCGGUCGCUGGCACAGGGCGACAGCUCCUGUUUUAGCUGUCCCCGUGGUUUUAUGCACAAAAAAUAAAAAAUAACGAAAUUAAGCAAACUGAGCCCAAAAAUGUGAAAUUGUGCGGUUCUGUUAAUUUUAA